CUUGGUCGAGAGGGACUGGAAUGUUUACUGAAAAAAAUUAGAACAUUUUCGUCAACAAAAGACUAUUCUCUUUGAUCAUUUGUUCUAUUCCUUUAAAACAUUUAAAUAAGAACAAUGGCACAUCGACUUGCAUCUCACCAUCGUGCRUUCUUCUCACCAAAGUAUUUCUCUGGUACCUCAGCUCAUAUUACGACAUCUUCRGUAUUCCGAAAGACUUUUGAUAUCAAGAGUGAAGAUGAUUUUGGUGUAGUCCAUGUAAGGCUUUGGCUCCAAAAUUAGAAGCAGCAGUAGCCAAUCAAGAAGGCAAGGUUGAACUGGCCAAAGUGGAUGUCGAUGAGCAAGGAGAAUUAGCCUUUCAGUAUGGAGUCAAUGCUGUACCUACUGUUCUUGGAAUAAAGAAUGGUCAGAUUGUAGGACAAUUCCAAGGACUGGUAGAUACCCCAAAAAUAGUUGAACUUGUAGAAAAACUAACAAAAUGAUUUUUUUAGAUACUAAAUUUGAGUUAUAACUGCAUAGAUAUGUGUAAAUCAAGUAUUCAUCUUUAUUUUCAAAACACUGUGAUUUUUAAAUCUUUUGUUGAAAAUAUUUUAAGCAGAUUAAUUUAAUACCAACUUUUUUUGAAGAAUUAGUGAAAUCAUGACAUUUGAACACUGCAUUUUAUAGGUUGAUAUUUCUAGUUAUUGUUUAAUGAUUUAAUUUGUGCAUUACUCUCCUCCCCACUCACCCCUCCAUCACUUCACUUGAUAUUCUUCUCAUAGUCUGCAAUAUAUGUUUUAAAAGAGAAGCUUUUAAAUUUCAGAAAUAAAGUCAAAGCUUGAUUGAU